ACAAGACUAGAGAGAUGGAAUUCAAAGGCGAAUAUGUCAUCACGUGACUCUGUGUCGGGGGAUUCGCAGGUGGUCUUGGCGGUUUUAACCCCGUUACGUCUCCCAAGCUCCAUCACGUUCGAUGCUUCACUACCUACCACAUCCUUCCUAACAACCUCUGAGAAUCCCACUCUUUGACCGACCGAAUAUAGCUCAUCUCACACACCGAAAAGCCGACUCGUCCCACAUAUCCCCAAUCUUUCCGCACCAACAUGGCUGACGCCGCCGUCGAGAACCCAGCGAACACGGUGCCGCCUCACAAGAAGCAGCUGCCUUCAUCGAUACCAAAUUUCGACUCGUUGGAGGGGUUCUCUACCGAUGGCAACGAUGACUACUCUAAUUUCAAGAAGCUUCAGCGGCAACUCGAAUACAUCCAGCUCCAGGAAGAAUACAUCAAGGAUGAACAGAGAAGUUUGAAGAGGGAGUUGGUGCGCGCACAAGAAGAGAUCAAACGCAUUCAGAGUGUUCCACUAGUCAUAGGACAAUUUAUGGAGGCGAUUGACCAGAACACCGGCAUUGUACAGUCGUCGACUGGUUCAAAUUACGUCGUCCGCAUCCUCUCCACCCUCGACCGCGAGCUUCUAAAGCCCUCAUCCUCGGUCGCCCUCCAUCGCCACUCAAACGCUCUUGUUGACAUACUUCCUCCCGAGGCUGACUCGUCCAUCGCCAUGCUUGGCCAGGAUGAGAAGCCAGAUGUGACAUAUGCAGAUGUUGGUGGUUUGGACAUGCAGAAGCAGGAGAUCCGAGAGGCCGUCGAGCUUCCGCUCACACAUUUUGAUCUGUACAAGCAGAUUGGUAUCGAUCCACCUCGCGGUGUUCUCCUCUAUGGACCUCCCGGAACAGGAAAGACUAUGUUGGUGAAGGCGGUGGCAAACAGCACAACAGCAUCUUUCAUAAGGGUGGUUGGCUCCGAGUUCGUGCAGAAGUACCUUGGUGAGGGUCCUCGUAUGGUUCGUGACGUCUUCCGCAUGGCCCGCGAGAACUCGCCAUCCAUCAUCUUCAUCGACGAGAUUGACGCGAUUGCCACGAAGCGAUUCGACGCUCAGACCGGUGCCGACAGAGAAGUUCAGCGUAUCUUGCUUGAGUUGCUCAACCAGAUGGACGGUUUCGACCAGACCGCCAACGUCAAGGUCAUCAUGGCAACGAACCGUGCCGAUACAUUAGAUCCCGCCCUCCUACGUCCUGGACGUCUUGAUCGAAAGAUCGAAUUCCCAUCCCUACGCGACCGUCGCGAGCGCCGUCUAAUCUUCUCCACCAUUGCCGGAAAGAUGAGCUUGUCCCCCGAGGUCGAUCUGGACAGCUUGAUCGUCAGGAAUGACCCUCUCUCCGGAGCUGUCAUCGCGGCGAUCAUGCAGGAGGCAGGUCUGAGGGCGGUGAGGAAGAACAGGUACAACAUUAUCCAGAGCGAUUUGGAGGAUGCAUAUGCCAGCCAAGUCAAGGGUGCAACAGAAGCCGACAAGUUCGACUUCUACAAGUAGAGAGGAGGGGGGAAGGGUUCGCGAUAGCCGCUUAUCGGCGCACAACAGUCAUCUUGUAAACUACCUUAGAGAUGGAUAUCAGACUCGACGGUGCCGAUAUGGUACGGCCAGUGCGACUGAGCUCUCAUGGACAAUAGUAAUAGAUAACGUUCAUGAAUCAUUACAUUCGCAUCGAAUCUGCUAUCCUUCCGAGUUGAUGUGAACAAACACCAUGCGUAUUCCUAGAAUAAGUUCGAUUGCUCUCUCCACAAAUGGCAGCCCAACAAAUUGAAAGAAUAAAAGAAAGGCUCCUAUACGAACACGUGAAACAGC